GCACUGGGUAGGUGGUCUGCUCGGGCCGAAGAGUAUAGCCUGCAUCGCCAAGCUGGAUAGGCUCAGGCUCGGGAACUUACUCCGAAAACGGAGUACGUCGUAGGUAUCCUCAGCCCUAACCGAUAGCUGUUGUAAAUCUUGUCGCCUCUCAAAACGAAAACUCUACAACGAUAGUAAAAUUUCCUACUUGGACGCGAAAUAGAUCCACAAGUGAUGACGAUUUCCUGGGAGAUUCAUAAAUGCAACCUUUCAAGUACCAAAAACGAAUAGCAGAUAGCACAUAAGUAUAAAAAUCCUUUCCACUGUUGAGCAAACCAUUCAGUCAAUCGAGUAGCUUUCUCAACUCAAACAUGGCAAAACUCAUCAUCCUCAACGUUUUAGCUUUGCUAGCCCUGGCAAAUGCUGGAGUUACUGUUCCAAAACGCCUUUCUCGUUUUGAUCCCCGGAUGAUCGUUGGAGGUUACCCGAUUGAGAUCGAUGAGGCUCCCUAUCAGGUGUCGCUUCAACGUGACGGAAAUCACAUUUGUGGAGGAUCGAUCAUCUCUAGCAAAUGGAUUCUGACAGCUGCCCAUUGCACGGAAUAUGGAAGUGCCAAGAGCUUCUCCGUUCGAAUUGGAUCUACCAAACAUGCUGCUGGAGGUCAAGUGAAGAAAGUUGCAAACAUUGUUUCGCAUCCCGAGUACGAUGGUGUGUCGAUAGUCAACGAUUUCUGCCUGUUGGAACUUGAGGAAACGCUUCAGUUUGACAACUCGAUUCAAACCAUUAAGCUGACUGUUGAUGAACCAGAAGCCGGAAGUAUCGCCCUGGUAUCCGGAUGGGGAGCCACUCAUUCUCCAUCGGAAUCGAAUGCCAAGCUGCGAGCGGCCAAUGUUCCGAUCGUCACUCGCGAGGACUGUAACAAAGCUUACGAUGGACGUAUUCAUGAGUCGAUGAUCUGUGCUGGAUUCCUGGAGCAAGGUGGCAAGGACUCGUGUCAGGGUGAUAGCGGAGGUCCUUUGGCCAUUGAUGGUCAGCUGGUCGGAGUUGUGUCUUGGGGUCGAGGAUGUGCCGAAGCAGGAUAUCCUGGAGUGUACUCGAAUGUAGCAUCCGUGCUCGACUGGAUCAACGAAACUACAAAUGCUUUGGAAUACUACAAGUUAUUCCAAAGCAUUUGUAGUUUCGUUGAUCCAGUCGAGCACGGAUGCUACAUUCGAGUACACUCCAGGAUAUCCUGCUUCGGCACAUCCUCGACCCCAAGACACAACUCCGACCAGCUGACCAUCAAUGGUCAAAGGACCUCCGCUAUCACCCUGACACGAGUCCUUGCCACCUUGCUCCAGGAAUCCAGCACAGAUCAUCGACUCAUGAAUACGUCCAUCGUAAGCUUUGUUACAGUCCUCGCGAGUGACGAUCGGAACAUUGGCCGCUCGCAGCUUGGCAUUCGAUUCCGAUGGAGAAUGAGUGGCUCCCCAUCCGGAUACCAGGGCGAUACUUCCGGCUUCUGGUUCAUCAACAGUCAGCUUAAUGGUUUGAAUCGAGUUGUCGAAUUGAAGAGUUUCCUCAAGUUCCAACAGGCAGAAAUCGUUGACUAUCGAUACACCAUCGUACUCGGGAUGAGAAACAAUGUUUGCGACUUUCUUCACUUGACCUCCAGCAGCAUGUUUGGUAGAUCCAAUUCGAACGGAGAAGCUCUUGGUACUUCCAUAUUCCGUGCAAUGGGCAGCUGUGAGAAUCCAUUUGCUAGAGAUGAUCGAUCCUCCACAAAUGUGAUUUCCGUCACGUUGAAGCGACACCUGAUAGGGAGCCUCAUCAAUCUCAAUCGGGUAACCUCCAACGAUCAUCCGGGGAUCAAAACGAGGAAGGUCAAACCAUUCAGUCAAUCGAAGAGCUUUCUCAACUCAAACAGCUUAGAAAUGGCGAAAUUCUUCAUCCUCAACGUUUGUGCUUUGCUAGCCCUGGCAAAUGCUGGAGUCAUUGUUCCAAAACACCUUCCUCGUUUUGAUCCCCGGAUGAUCGUUGGAGGUUACCCGAUUGAGAUUGAUGAGGCUCCCUAUCAGGUGUCGCUUCAACGUGACGGAAAUCACAUUUGUGGAGGAUCGAUCAUCUCUAGCAAAUGGAUUCUCACAGCUGCCCAUUGCACGGAAUAUGGAAGUACCAAGAGCUUCUCCGUUCGAAUUGGAUCUACCAAACAUGCUGCUGGAGGUCAAGUGAAGAAAGUCGCAAACAUUGUUUCUCAUCCCGAGUACGAUGGUGUAUCGAUAGUCAACGAUUUCUGCCUGUUGGAACUUGAGGAAACUCUUCAAUUCGACAACUCGAUUCAAACCAUUAAGCUGACUGUUGAUGAACCAGAAGCCGGAAGUAUCGCCCUGGUAUCCGGAUGGGGAGCCACUCAUUCUCCAUCGGAAUCGAAUGCCAAGCUGCGAGCGGCCAAUGUUCCGAUCGUCACUCGCGAGGACUGUAACAAAGCUUACGAUGGACGUAUUCAUGAGUCGAUGAUCUGUGCUGGAUUCUUGGAGCAAGGUGGCAAGGACUCGUGUCAGGGUGAUAGCGGAGGUCCUUUGGCCGUUGAUGAUCAGCUGGUCGGAGUUGUGUCUUGGGGUCGAGGAUGUGCCGAAGCAGGAUAUCCUGGAGUGUACUCGAAUGUAGCAUCCGUGCUCGACUGGAUCAACGAAACUACAAAUGCUUUGGAAUAACUUGUAGUCUGUGUCAGGAUGAACAGUAAUAUGUGAUGAACGUUUUUAAAAUAAACAUUUUUGAUAAUAUUGUGGUAACUUCAUCCCAAUGAACUAAAAACUCACACAGUGAGAAAUUUUUAUUUUUAUUUAUUAUUAUUUUUAAUCUAAAAAUAAUAAUUUCCAAACGUAAGAUGAUAACUUAUUGCACAAAUACUUUAUGUAUUCAGUAAUUUCCCAUAACUCCCACUGUUCUCUACCACAUUC